AUGGGAGGGCAGAAAAUGAACACAGUCAUUUUAUGUAACCAGUGUAAUAUUGCACAUCAUUAUGGCACCAGUAAAGCUGAUCCCUUUGACAAAGAAUCCGGGAUUCUGAUUUUGCAAGGUAAGGAUGUGAAGCAAAAAAACAAGUGGGAACUAUUGGCCACCGAGGAAACUGAGCAAGAUAAGAAGCCACUAGCGGAGGGGAAGGGGGGAGGAGAGGGGGAGAGAGAGGGGAGAGGGGGGGGGAGAGGAGAGGAGGGGAGAGGGGGGGAGGGGGGAGGAGAGAGGAGAGGGGGAGGAGGGGGGGGGAGGGGAGGGGGGAGAGGAGAGGGGGAGAAGGAGGGAGGGGGGAGAGGGGAGGGAGAAAGAGGAGGGGGGGGGAGAGGGGAGGGGGAAGAGGAGAGGGGGAGGGGGGAGAGAGAGGAGGGGAGAGGGAGAGGGGGAGGGGGAGGAGGAGAGAGGGGGGGAGGAGAGCGAGAGGGGAGAGGGGGGGGGAGAGGGGGGGGGAGAGGAGAGGGGGGAGAGGAGAGAGGAGAGGGGAGGGGAGGAAUGAGGAGAGGAGAGGAGAGAGAGAGGAGAGGAGAGGGGAGGGGAGGAGAGGAGAGGGGGGAGGGGAAGAGAGUUAGAGGAGGAGGGGGGAGAGGAGAGGGAGAGAGGAGGGGGAGAGGAGAGGGGAGAGGGGGGAGAGGAGGGGGAGAGGGGAGAGGAGGGGGAGAGGGGGGAUGUUAG